AUGCAGAAAAGGGCGCGAGCGGUGGAAACGCAAAAACUCCGACGCACUUUCAAGGCGCGCACACGAAUCGCUGAUCAGGAUGGAAUGUCUUCGGGACUAGCCUAUUUGCGUUUGUGUCUUUUGUGGUUGACGAUGAUCUCGCUCGACGUUUUGGUCGGUUUCCGCUUCGAAUUGUUGUGGCCAUUCUGGCUCUUCUUGCGUGCCAUCUUCGAGGCCGUGCAUCGCAGUGGGAAUGCCGUCGUCGCUCUCUCCAAUCACAACAAUGCGCAAAUGUCAAUAAUAUUUAUCUGCGUGACGGCGACAUCCGAUCUGAUAUGUUGGUUAUUCAUACCGGUGCGAUUCUUGAUAUUCAUCGCCAGCACGUAUGUGUGGCUAAACCUCGUGUGGCACACGAAUGGCGGUUUCGUGCGCACCGUGUCUAGUAUGUUAGCGGAUCGAUCGCAGGGUGCUCCGAUCAUAUUUCUAUGGGGAUUAUUUAUUUUUGUAGAGGUAUCUGUCCGGUUGAGGUGCGACUAUCUGGCGUUGAGUCGAGACGGGCCGCUGGGCUUCAUUUUUGGGGUCUCACACUCGCAACUCGUUAGUUGUCACCAAGUGCAAGGGAUGGCGCCGGUAUUUCCGCGAGUGAUGAAUGAAUUCUUCGGUGCUCACUGCAUUGGGUAUCCACUUGUGAUCAUCUCGUUCAGUUUGCGAUAUUAUUUCAAAGAAUGGCGAUUGAGGCGAAAGCAAGAGGAUGUGGCGAAGAAAAAUGAGGUGCUGUAUAAAUGUUUGACCGAGGCGCUACCGGCCGUCUACGAGGGUCCGAAACAAUAUCGCUUGGAGGCCGAGUCGCUGGAUUACGAGCUAAACGGUCCCACCGAUGUGCCGAUGUUGUUGCCGGCCACGAAUGCGAAUGGAGUUGCAAACGGAGCUCUUUCAUCUGCCGCUCCAUCUUCUGGUGGCACGACGACAACGGCGAACAAUCGGAAAACAUCGAUACGACCCGCUGGGAAUACGACAACGACGAAAGGUCGAAAGAGAAAAGAAAAACAAGACGGAAUCACACAAAGGACACCGCCUGAGGCACGAGCCGGCAAACAAGAAGCCUCGUCCCAAAUCACGAAUGCAACGACGGCGGGCAAUUCGCCGUGCUGGGAGGAAAACUCGCGAAGAGGCGGUUUAAUCCAAAUGUUGUGGUCGGGAUUCCAUUGGAUGGUGAUGAUGGUACAAAAGUUGACCGAGUCGCCGGCUGAUGCAGAAGAUGCAAGCUCAUACAAUGACGAGGAUGAAGAGGACGAUGAUAGCUCGAUCGAGGAUGACGACAACAACAAGAAGAGGACGAAUCGAAACCAGAUGGAGAACACAAAGCAACGAGCGACAACAACAGCUGCACAAGGGCGAAAGAAAGGCGGAGGAGGCCAGAAUAAAUCUAGUCAACAAGCAAAAGCGUCUAGUCAGACACAGGCGGACGAGAAGGGUCGAGCAAACGGUUCGACUCCAGCUGCCGCAUCGCCUCUUGUCGUCGCUUCGGCCAUUUCUUCAUCACUGACGAAUGGGCACGCAAAGAGAGAGGACAGUGUUGAUCACAAAAAUCGACGAACCGAUAGUCGAGGACCGUCAAGGGAAACGAUCAAUGAGGAGACGAGGGAGAACAACAAUCAUGCACAGGGAUGUGACGUCGAGCUGUCUCGUGUCCGCACCGAGUUGCGUCAGGCAAAAGAUGUCGAGGCGGAUCUUCGUCUUCAGUUGAGCGUCUCGGAAAAUGACACCACUCGAGCCAAGGCCGAGGCCACGCAAUUUCGCUCACGACUCGAACAACUGCAAGCUAGAUUCGGCAGCGUCGAGAAGGUACGCGAUCAGGAACGAACGAGCGCCGGGCAGCUGGAGAAAAAAUACGCCGAGUUGAUGAACAGGAAAAAUGAUGUAGAGAAAGAGCUACAAGCGGAGAGACGCCAGCGGCAAGAGGACAACAAUAAGAACAAGAAUCGAUCCGACAUUUCACAGGAACAACGUGAAAAAGAGGCUCGACUCGAGGCCGAAGCUGAUCGUUUACGUACUGAAUGUGCGGCCAAAGAUGAUGCUUUGAUGACAAUGCAGCGGGAUCUUCAACAAUUGCGCGAGUACAAAGAAAAGAACGAUGUUGAGGGUUUACACAUGGAAUUGCGCAUAGUUCGCGAGAAGAAUGCUCAUUUGGAGGACGCGUUGGCUGCCGAGAAUAAGCUGAAGUUGGAGUUGUUCCGUGCACUCGGAGAGGCGAAAUCGGAAAAUCACAAGCUGCAAGGUCAAUUGGAGUCGGCCCGCGCGAUCUCGGCUCAAGCAACUCCUCCACAGGCACCCACAAAUCCAUCGCCACCACUUCGUGUCGCCGAGAAAGCUCUGCCACUCUCGCAUGCGUCUGUCGGCGGUGGAAGUGGUGGAAUGGCUCCACCAUCUUAUGAUCACAUCAUGGCCGCUAGCUAUAUGAACAAUAUGCCCUACUCGUUUGCAUCAUCGCCAGCUCCAUCACCAACCGGCGAGCAUCAUCUCUUCGACACGCAUAGUCCUCUUGGAAUGCCCCGCCCUCCAUCGGGUUCAUCGGCCGAAUAUUCUCUCAAUCCGAUCUCUCAGCAUUUUGGCGACAAAUUCGGCUCUCAUCUUUUGGCUCCCGGCAAGACGACCAAU